CAGCUCUACAAAUAGUCUGGCGCUGUGGUGGUUUGUUUUUGAUAAAAUGAUUGCGGAAAAGAUAUCAGAUUUGCUCGAUUUUAACGUUCCUGAAUUUAAAUAUGAGCAGUUCCGCGAUGUUCUUUUGCGGAUGCGAGGGCUUCGGCGCUACAGCUUCUGCGUGGAUGCCCAGUCCGACUCAGAUGUGGACAAGUUCCGGGAGGCAAUUAUGAGACUACUGGAUGGCUACCUGACUCUGGAGGAAGUGACCUCGCUAUACACGGUGUCCGUUCUGAUGUUCCUGCUGGUGGAAAAGGAGCGACCACGCCAGUGCAAUGAACGCCUGGAGCUGCUCAAUGCCAGCUUCAAUUAUUCCGACACACUGAAGCCAACAAUGGUCCACUAUGCCACUGUUUCCAUGCUGGAAUGCCUUAAGCUGACACCAUGCAAAGAAGAGCACGGUUACAUCUACAUGCUGGAGGCGAUGCCACAUAUCCUGGUGGCCUGCGACACAGGCAAGAUGAUCGCCCUCGGAUUGCUGCGAGCCUUCAUAGGCGCCCUGUCCAACACCUCCUUGGUCCUGCACAUUUAUCGUAACCUGUGGGAGGUCUAUAACAUGGUUAAAUCAAUCAGCCAAGACACAAUCCUAGCGGAUUGGUCACUGUGUAGGACGUACAUCCUAGUCAAAUCCUUUGCUCUACUCAUGAGCUCGACGGCCUUCAACUCGCGUAAUCUGGGGCUGAGGCAGGCGGGCUACCAGGGAUUUGAAAUGCCGCCCAUAGCCACAGAAAUCUCGGAAUGGUUUACGGCGUUGCGCGACAAGAUCGAGGAGAAGCACACAAAUCUCUCAAGUAAAUUGGGUUUUAAGCUGGUGCGUUUUAUAGACCAAAAUAUAUUGAGAUAUUUGACUGAAGAGAACAACGAAUCUACCUCGGAGGUGGGCAUUGAGACAGUUGCGUAGUGUAUGUGUAAUUAUAGUUUAUUUGUUAUCAAUUAGUACAUAAAGCAUAAGCUAUAGAUUCGA